AUGGCCGAAGACGAUGCCGAGAAAGCUUUCUUCCAGGCUCAGGCCAUGAACGCUGGCUCAAUGGAUUAUAACGGCGCUGAAGAUCAGGAUGCGAAUGCGUCGGACUCUGAUGAAUAUGAUCCGUCGAGCACACUUCAAGACCAGUAUUCCGGCCCAUCGGAAGAUCCCACUCCCCAAGAGACAGACACUCCUACCUCAGAUCCGCAACCCCAACCCCAGACAUCCCUCCCCCAAGACGCAGACCCUGCUAGCAAUGCCCACCCAUCUCAGCCACCUUCACGACCCGAGUCUCAGGCUUCGACGUCAGUGCCAGCUCCCGGUGCCUCUGUUCAGCCGAAAACCAGAACUAUUGGUGGGUUUGUGGUUGAGGAUGAGGAUGAGGAUGACGCGGGAGAUGGGGAUUAUGAGCCACCAGCUGUACUAGGUGUCGAGGACAUGAAUACUAUACCUUCGCAGCCCAUUCCAGGAAAUGCAAAUGAAGCUACUUCUACCCCUGAUGUAUCAUUGGAUGAAGCUGCGCAGGAAUCUGCCAGCGCGAAGAAUGUUCCUAAUAGUUCUCUCUCUUCUGUUUCUCUCGCUUUUAAGAAUGAUGGGUCUAUGAAUAUAGGCCAGGACCUGUACAACUCACGUACUUCUUUGCAGCCUGAGAUUACACGAGAAAGCGCUACAGCGACCCCUGCGCCGGAAUCCCCUUCUGCCGCCAAAGGCCGGUUGCCCCAUGAUCGAGUUGGGAUACUGGAAGACAGAAUCCGGGAAGAUCCUCGAGGUGACAUCCCUGCUUGGCUCGAAUUGAUUAACGAGCAUAGGGGUCGCAAUAGGAUCGAUAGUGCUCGGGAUGUAUAUGAACGCUUCUUGCAGGUGUUUCCUCUAUCUGCCGAGAUGUGGGUGGCAUACGCGACGAUGGAGUCUGAACUCAACGAGUUGUUCCGCCUUGAGCAAAUAUUCAAUAGGACGCUUCUUACUAUCCCUGCAGUCCAGCUGUGGACGGUAUAUUUGGACUACGUUCGGCGACGCAACCCCUUAUCAACGGACACAACUGGCCAAGCGCGGAAGAUUAUCUCUUCGGCUUAUGAGCUUGCGCUUCAACAUAUCGGCAUGGACAAGGAUUCUGGUUCGAUUUGGACAGACUAUAUCCUGUUCAUCCGCUCUGGACCAGGGAACGUCGGAGGUUCAGGUUGGCAGGACCAGCAGAAAAUGGACUUGCUCCGGAAAGCUUACCAAAGAGCCAUCUGUGUUCCAAUGCAGGUGGUCAACACUCUGUGGAAGGAAUACGAUCAAUUCGAAAUGGGCUUGAACAAACUUACGGGACGCAAAUUCCUGCAAGAACAUUCGCCUUCGUACAUGACCGCACGCAGCUCGUAUACAGAAUUACAAAACUUCACACGGGACCUGAGUCGGACAACGUUUCCUAGAUUACCGCCUGUUCCUGGCUCGGAAGGCGAUGUCGAAUAUCUGCAGCAAGUCGAGAUAUGGAAACGCUGGAUUAACUGGGAGAAGGGAGAUCCGCUCGUUCUUAAAGAAGACGACCUGGCUGCGUACAAAGCUCGCGUGGUCUACGUUUACAAGCAGGCCCUCAUGGCGCUCCGAUUCCUUCCCGAAAUUUGGUUUGAAGCAGCUGACUUCUGCCUCCUCAACGACAUGGAGACUGAAGGAAACGAGUUCUUGAAGAAUGGUGUUGAUGCUAAUCCAGAAAGCUGUUUGCUUGCAUUCAAGCGUGCCGACCGGCUUGAGAUAACCUCUGAAUCCGAACAAGAUCCCAUCAAGCGAGGCGCCAAAGUGAGGGAGCCGUAUGACCGGCUACUCGAUGCCCUCUACGAUCUCAUUGCCAAAGCGCGCACUCGAGAAGCUCAGGAUGUUGCUCGUCUCGAAGAAGCCUUUAAACAGAACCCUGAUGCCCAACCAGCUCGAAAUGAUGACGAAGAUGACGAUCAAAGCGAGACGAAAGCCAAGGAAUCCGUCAAGAACGCCCAGAUCGAAGCUGUCCGGCAAGCACAUUCCAUACAGAUCGGCAUAUUAUCCAAGACAGUUUCGUUUGCGUGGAUUGGCCUCAUGCGUGCCAUGCGCCGCAUCCAGGGCAAGGGCAAGCCCGGCGAGGUUCCCGGGUCGCGACAGAUAUUUGCGGAUGCUCGUAAGAGGGGCCGCAUCACCAGCGACGUGUAUAUCGCAAGCGCUCUCAUCGAGUACCACUGCUAUAAGGACCCGGCUGCCACUAAGAUCUUCGAGAGAGGUGCCAAACUAUUCCCCGAUGACGAGAAUUUUGCUCUGGAGUACUUGAAGCAUUUGAUCGAUAUCAACGAUGUCAUCAAUGCCCGAGCAGUGUUUGAGAUGACAGUGAGGAAGCUUGCUGCCAGUCCUGAAAAUGUGCACAAGGCAAAGCCUAUAUUCGCGUUCCUCCAUGAAUACGAAUCGAGAUAUGGCGAUUUGGUUCAAGUCAUCAACCUCGAAACUCGUAUGCGCGAAUUAUUUCCGGACGAUCCAACACUUGAUCAAUUUGCACAUCGAUUCUCCGCUCCAAACUUCGAUCCUACAACCUUCCGACCUAUCAUUUCCCCUUCUCAAACACGACCAAAGACUACUGUAUACCCUGGGGGCCAAGUGCCAUCCCGCCUCGGCACCCCUACAUCAAGAUACCCAGAACCCUCCAUUACGAACUCACCGAAGCGACCCCUGGAAGAAUUUGACGAUGACAUGUCGCGGCCUCGCAAAUUCGUCCGAGGCGAGUCACCACUCAGGACAACGACGCAGAGACGGCAGUUGGACCAGCAAAAACGAGCCCAGCCAACCCUUCAGGUCCCAAGUUCUGGAUCCCAAUAUCGUUCUCAAGGCUCGCCAGCGCCAUUGCCCCGCGACCUUGUAUAUCUACUGAGCGUCAUUCCCCCUGCCUCAACUUAUACCGCUGGUCGGUUCUCGGCGGAGAAGAUGGUCGAUCUUAUCCGCCGCCUAGAUAUGCCCGCUUCCAUCUCACAAAUACCUCUACCUCAGUCCGCCCGUGGCCUUGGAACAGGGCAAACGACUAUUGGGGGACAGCCAUUUUCCGGUGCCUAUCGUUAG